AUGGACGCCAACCUGCCAGGCACCUUCCUGCUCAACGGCCCCUCAUUGGGCCCCUUCCCGGAGGCCAAGGCGCCUGUCUGCCAGUACUCGGUGCAGAGCUCCUUCUACAAGCUGGGUCCCCCAGGGCUGGGCGCCCAGCUGGCCUCCGGCACCCCACACGGCAUCUCCGACAUCCUCGGCCGGCCUGCCGCGGCGCCGAACAGCACACUCCUGCCCACCAAUCCACCCCCUGCUCACCUGGCCGACAGUAUUCAAAAGAAGAAGCACACGCGACCAACCUUCACGGGCCACCAGAUCUUCGCUUUGGAGAAGACUUUUGAGCAGACCAAGUACCUGGCAGGUCCAGAGAGAGCACGGCUGGCCUAUUCCCUUGGCAUGACUGAGUCCCAGGUGAAGGUCUGGUUCCAGAACCGACGGACCAAAUGGAGGAAGAAGAGUGCCCUGGAGCCCUCCUCAUCCUCGCAGCAGGUGGGGGGCUCUGGUGGAGAGCGGGCAGCCUCUGAGACCGAGGAUGACGAGUACAACAAACCCCUGGACCCUGACUCGGAUGAUGAGAAGAUCCGAUUGCUGCUGAGGAAGCACCGUGCGGCCUUCUCAGUGCUAGGCUUGGGCACCCACAGCGGCUGA